CAAAGGAAAUGGGAGCAGGAAUUUCAGGGAUAUCCAAAUCCCAAAGGAAAUGGGAGCAGGGAAAUCCCAAUCCCAAUGGAAACGGGAGCAGGGAUAUCCAAAUCCCAAAGGAAAUGGGAGCAGGAAUUUCAGGGAUAUCCAAAUCCCAAAGGAAAUGGGAGCAGGGAAAUCCCAAUCCCAAUGGAAACGGGAGCAGGGAAAUCCCAAUCCCAAAGGAAAUGGGAGCAGAGAUUUCAGGGAUAUCCCAAAGGAAAUGGGAGCAGGGAAAUCCCAAUCCUAAAGGAAAUGGGAGCAGGGAAAUCCUAAUCCCAAAGGACACAGGACCAGGGAUUUCAGGGAUAUCCAAAUCCCAAAGGAAAUGGCACCAGGGAUUUCAGGGACAGCCUCAAUCCCAAAGGGAAUGGCCCCAAUCCCAGAGGAAAAGGGGGCAGGGAUAUCCCAACCCCAAAGGAAACGGGAGCAGAGAUUUCAGGGAUAUCCCAAUCCCAAAGAACACAAGACCAGGGAUUUCAGGAUAUCCCAAAGGGAUUUCAGGGAUAUCCCAAUCCCAAAGGAAAUGCGACCAGGGAUAUCCCAGUCCCAAAGGAAAUAGGGUCAAAGAUUUCAGGGAUAUCCCAAAGGAAACAGGACCAGGGAUUUCAGGGAUAUCCCAAUCCCAAAGGAAAUGGGAGCAGGGAAAUCCCAAUCCCAAAGGGAAUGGCCCCAACCCCAGAGGAAAAUUUCAGGAUAUCCCAAAGGAAACAGGAGUAGGGAUUUCAGGGAUAUCCAAAUCCCAAAGAAAACAAGACCAGGGAUUUCAGGGAUAUCCCAAAGGAAAUGGGAGCAGGGAAAUCCCAAUCCCACAGGAAAUAGGAACAAGGAUUUCAGGAUAUCCCAAAGGAACUGGGAGCAGGGAGUUCAGGAUAUCCCAAAGGGAUUUCAGGAUAUCCCAAAGGAAAUGGGAGCAGGGAUUUUAAGAUAUCCCAAAGGAAACAGGGCCAGGGAUAUCAGGGAUA